UACUUGAAAAUUUUACUUUAGGUAUAUUUUUAAUAAAAUAUAAAGUAAUAGAUUUUUAAUGGAAGACCAGAGUGAUAGCAUGUACCGUUUCAAAUGGUUUAUGUCAUUAUCUAGAAGACGAUCGCCAAGAAUGGAUCUAUACAAGGAAAAUAACAGUGCUGAUAAGCUAGCAAAUAAUAACAACGGAAUGUUUUUCACCCUUCGGAAGCGUUUUCAAACAAAACUUACUUCUAUUAAAGUGAAAGCAUAUGAGCCUAAAAUAGUUUCAAUCCAAAAUGAUAGCAGCAAUCCUCCAGAAAGCGAUCGAACAACAAACAAUUCAUUUGCCACCAAUAAUGACUUUGCUCGUAUCGUGAUUGAAAGGCACAGUCAAAACCCUAUCCGAUUUUCAUCUCCAGACACAGAUUCACCGGAAAGAGAAUUUUCAACAAUAUUCACAUCUACGUCGAAUACGGAUUCACCAGCUACUACAGUUUUUCGACCUGAAUUAAAUGUUGAAGUUGCUUCUAGCUUAGAUACAAUGAUGGAGGAGAUGAGAAAUGAUCUGCUCAAAUAUGGUUGGUAUUGGGGUAAAUUAACACGCGCAGCUGCCCAGAAACGUCUUGCUAGACAAGAUAAUGGAACUUUCCUAGUCCGUGAUUCGCAGACGGAAAAGUAUCAGUUUACCGUGAGUUUUCGCAGUUCGGGAAUUACAUUACAUUGUCGAAUUGAUUACAAGAACAAAUAUUGGUCUUUUUCGGGUUUGACGACGCCCACCCAGUGUGAAACUAUGAUUGAUUUGAUUGAAGAUACUAUGAAAAAAUCUGAGUUUGGGAUUAUUGGUUUUGUAAAGCAAACAUCACCUCUGACUCCACCGUUUCCUGUGCGACUAACGAAACCAAUCAAUAGAUUUUAUGAAGUUUCCUCACUGCAACAUUUGUGCAGAUUUAUUAUCCGACAAAGAAUCGAUUCAAAAAAUAUUAUCUAUUUGCCACUGCCUAGUAAACUCAAAGAAUAUAUUGAUGAAAAUUUUCAUGAUAUAUAAAUAUAGUUUUUGCCUAAGAGACGUUAAAAGACUAAAUACCCUCUUGCAUUGCAUGGCAAAAACGCUUGACACAAUUAUGAAAAGGAUUGAUUGCGCAACUUCGUUAUGAAUGAUGAUUAGUUUUACUACUAAAAUAGCAAGGAAAUAGUUUAACUUAAUGAUUUAAUCAAACCCAUUAAGACUUUGAAUCUUAACCAAAAUUUGGUUUAUUAUAUAAUAAGAUCAGUCUUGUUAUAUUUGUUGUAUUUUUUC